AUAAUUUAUCGACCACAUUUCUAAUUCAUAGUUAGUCAUCGUCAUUUGCAUUAUCAAUUGUGAUCAAUUUGUUUUCAUUUCUCGUUUACGCCUUUGUUGCCGCAGCACGCAAUGAAAGCAAAUCGUAUCCAAAAAUAUUUGCUGUCGUAAUAAUUAAGUUAUUCCAUCCAAUUCCAAAGAAAAUUUUUUUUUAGUGUCUUAUCAAACAGAGAAUCCUGUCGAAAACAGGAUUGAUUUAUUAAAUAUUUGCCAUAAAGUAAGUGCUUCAAAAUUUAUUCGCCAACGACUUUUGACGCCUCAAGGGCGUUUAAGUUGGAAGAGGAUUUUGUGGGGGGCUGCAUGACAAUGUCGAUGUAUUCAUCGACGGACAAGAUGAAAAUGUCGGCACCAAGCUGUUUUCCUGGGCGUUACAGUCCGUCUUAUAGAAGUUCGGAACAAAUGCGACGAUGCAUGCCAAACCCUUCGACACGUUUACUAGAAGAUGCAUCUCUAUUAUGUAAUUCAUGGUCAGCACGUCAGAAUGGAGAUAUAUUUGCCGGAAUUAACGAUGGAAUACUUAGUAGAGCUGAAGCUCUAGCUGCUGUCGACAUGGGAAAGCACCAAGCAACCCAUGUACAUUCACAAAUGCCCUCCCAAAUUAAACAUGACGUUAUGUAUCACCACCAUAGUAUAAGUGGGCCACCGCAACGACCACUUCAGAUGCAUCAUUCCAUGGACCAGUUAGACAUGCUUGAUCCAACAGGCUCUAUGACAACACUUGCUCCCAUUUCAGAAACUCCCCUAACACCUACGCAUCAACAUUUGCAUGGAUCUUACCAUGGCAUGAACCAUAUGAUGAGUCAUCAUCAUCCGGGAAGUUUAAGCGGACAUUCUGCUGGACAUCACACCCACUCUGCGGUACAUCAUCCAGUGAUAACAGCAGCUGUAGCAGCAGCUGGACUUCAUCCAGACACCGAUACGGACCCCAGGGAAUUGGAGGCUUUUGCGGAGCGAUUUAAGCAACGGCGAAUAAAAUUAGGUGUGACUCAAGCCGAUGUGGGAAAGGCAUUGGCCAAUUUGAAACUACCCGGCGUGGGGGCAUUAUCGCAAAGUACAAUCUGCCGAUUCGAAAGUCUAACGCUAUCGCACAAUAACAUGAUUGCGCUAAAACCUAUCUUACAAGCCUGGCUUGAAGAGGCGGAAGCCCAAGCCAAAAAUAAAAGAAGAGAUCCUGACGCUCCAAGUGUACUUCCUGCAGGCGAAAAGAAAAGAAAAAGGACUUCCAUUGCGGCACCCGAAAAGCGUUCUCUGGAAGCGUACUUUGCGGUACAGCCUAGACCAUCUGGAGAGAAAAUAGCGGCCAUUGCAGAGAAACUGGAUUUGAAGAAGAACGUAGUACGGGUCUGGUUCUGUAAUCAGAGACAAAAACAAAAACGUAUGAAAUUUGCUGCACAACAACACUGACAAUCAAAUAAUACAGCCACACAAUUAGGUAUAGUUAGUAGUGUUACACCUUCGAUGACUGGCCAUGGCUCGGCGGGGUUCGGAUACUGAUAGUCGUUUUACCCUGGAGAUCACUACCCAUAGUAAGCAUCCACCAUCCAACCACAUCAAUAAUGAUCGUUAUCGUUAUCAACAGACCUGCCAAACAGGUGCGCGGGCGCACGUUUGUCCUCAGUACCAACAUCAAAACGCUAUUGAAUUACUUUGACAACUAUCAUAACAAUCGUAUGCGAAUGUUUAGCAAACAAUGGACCAACAACUAUUAAGUGCAAUAAUUCUAUAACCGGUAUGCAUAUUGCAGUGAUUUUUCGUUGUUUCUUUUUUUUUAAUGACUACUAUGGCUUUUACAAACUCUCUUGUAAAUACAAUAUCAGGAUGGGAGGAAACAGAAAUGACGUGGUAUCUACGCUUCCUGUGUUUUAAUUGUGCACUCGUUUUUAUCACAUAACUUUUUCGAAUGAUGAAAUGAAUUUAUCCGUUGGAAUAUACAAACGUGAAGGCGGAAGUAAGGCACAGAAAAUGCAAAGAAUUCAAAUGUGUUGCCAAACUAUAAUUGUAAAUUGGAAAAAAAGGUAGAAGGAAGAAUUACUAAAAGUAAAUUGCAAAUUAAGACUUGAUUGUAUAGACAAGAACGUAAACAAUUUUAUAUUUACAUAUAUUGUAAUAAAAUUUUAAGUAGAUCAAAACACUCACAAAAAUAUGUGAAACAUUAUUAUUAAUUUAUGAACAAUUGUCUGUUUGCACUGGUAAUUGUAAAUUGUAUAAAUUGUUACACAAAAUAUUUCUCUACUAAAUACAUUUAAGUCAACAUAUGUACACGUAACCUGCCCGUAUGUACGUAAGAUUUUGAUGCAGAUAGUUUAGCUUUUGUAAAUUUUCGGCAGAGAACUGUGCGAUUUGUAUUCGGGACUAAGAACUCAGUUAUUUUGACUGCAAACUUUGAAAGCCUAUGGGAUAUUGAAAACUAACGCUCUUAAAUUGAAAUUUAGAAAUUAUAAAUUAAAGACUAGGAAAAUAUAAACAAACUUAUGGUCAGUUUGUGAUUCUAUCCAAAAGUGUUUGUGAUGUUCUUCAAGAUACGCAUUUCUGCGCUAAUGGAAAUUUAUUUAGUAUUUGUGUAUAAAAACUUUCGCAUUAGAUACCGUGAAUAGGCAUAUAAUCGUAUUUCUAAUUUUCAUAUUGUAUUUCCUGUGACUAGAAUUCCUAAGACUGAAUUCCGAAAUUUCGAAUUUUGACCUAUCAACUCUAAUUUUGAAUUCACAAAUCACUUCUGUAUAAAGAUUUGUAUUUAUAAUUUGCAAUUUACGACUUCUCUAUUACAACAACCACAAAAAACUUUUUAAAGUUCGCAGGUGAAUUGCGAUAAAUAGAAUUCCAAAGAAACUUGAUAAUAAAAAGCACGUUAACAGUUGUCGCAAUGAAUAUUAACAUAGCAACACUUGAAGUGAUACAGUAUAUUAGAAUGUCAAUUCAUGAAGUCUUAUCCGAACAAAAUAACGCAGAGAAAACCAUGAUAUAGAGCUGUUCGGACAUUUUGUAAACAAACGCGGACAUAUUUCUAUGUUUCGUGGAUAGUUCUCCGAUUAUAGAAAGAUUUCUUUUUAUGGACAGAUUUAAUGAACCAUAACCAAAGGACAUAAGAACACAAUAAUUAAAUAAUACAGUACGUGUCUUUGGUUUGUACAUAAACAUAUUGAAACAUGAUCAAACAACUGAACUUGAACGGUUUCUACAGACCAGAUGAUGCCACAGAACUUCGUCGCACUGCUAAACGGAAGCCAAGAGACGCGGUUGAAGGUUAUUUUUCCAAUUAAAUGGAAUAUAUAUAUAUAUAUGUAAGAACAUGUAUAUGUAAGAUAGAAUAGGUAUUCCCCGCUCACGCUUUUGUAAUCAAGCACAGAGAAGAUACAUUCGUAUUCAACAUAUUUAAUAAUAUAUAAUGCGCAAUUCCCAAAGAGUAUAUAGAUAAUAACAAACAUUUGAAACAUCGCUACAUUAAUACUUUUAGAACCAAUAUCAAAGUACCAGAAUGUAUAUCCAUUUAUAACAGACAUGAACUGUUUAGAGCAACAUCGAUAAUUGCUAAAAAAACAAAAGUCAAAUUUUACUCUCUUCCAAUCAAUGCAGAAUAACAGUGUGUUGAAUUGAUCCUUUCUUUUGCGAAACGUAGAAAUAUCCAUUAGUGACCCUAUACAGUACUUAUUUUUUUGAUCACCACGAAAACUAGCGUCAAUUCAUUUCUGAUCGUCUAUCUGCUUUUGUGGCGCCUAAAGUAACAAAUAUUCUUUUUCAAUAAUUCAAUUUUGAAUUAGCCUGUAUACCAUUACUUUCGAUAUCCACAAGAGA